ACCCAUUUCAUCUAUAUCGAUAACGACGACUUUGAUGACCCCACGAAUGUGACCGUCGAUUAUUUGGAUAAUCAUCCCGUGGAUGUGACCAUCGAUUACUUGGAUAAUCAUCCCGUGAAUGUGAUCUAUGGCUUCUUGAAU